GAUUGUUCCACUGAAUCUCCAAUACGACGCGCUAGGGCUGGCGGAUGCGACAAACCUACCUAAGCCUGCUGUAAACUCUCUCCUCAUUCACAAUUCUUGGUGUGGGGUUCGCACUCGCACCACAGAAGCGAUCGUCACGUGUUCCGUGGGUUUCCACUCCCAACUACUUCUUCCCCGCCCCCCUCUUUGCGUGUUUCACUGCUACACCCCAAAAUUCUUGGAGAUUUUGGCGAUCCGGGCGAGGAAUUCGAGGUUUUUGUUUUCCCGUCACCCAAUUGAGGAAACUAGGCGUCGAAUUUGCGGUUUGAUUGCAUCCACCUCCACGAUGUCGAGUUUGGAGCAGCCCCUUGGUCUUGACAAGCUGCCAUGUUUGAGCAACAUCGAUGCGCCUUUUAGGUUUUCUUCCGGGGCUUGCCGGCCUAUCCCUGAAGACAUGGGAAUGGGGAACUGCUGGAUAGAAGGGAGAAGCUGCAGCUCAUCUAAUAGCUGCGAUGACGAUUUCGAAGAGUACGCCGAAGAUCCCAUUGGGUGGCGUACAAAAAUGAGAAAUUCGCUGAGCAGAUCAUCGAGUUUAGGCCGGAGUUGUGUAGCCUGUGGAACCACGACCAAUUUUUCUUACUUGUCCAAUUAUAACGACACAAGGGGGUCGAAAUAUAGGCUAUUCAAGGAUAUACCAAGGUAUGUGAGGAUAGUAGAAGUUGGCCCGCGGGAUGGGUUACAAAAUGAGAAGAAAAUCGUCCCAACAUCGGUCAAAGUGAAACUAAUACUCAAAUUGGUGUCCUCGGGCUUGUCUGUUGUUGAAGCGACCAGUUUCGUUUCGCCUAAGUGGGUGCCUCAGCUGGCGGAUGCGAAGGAUGUGAUGGAUGCAGUUAAGCAUUUGAAGGAUGUUCGACUGCCCGUUCUGACACCAAAUCUUAAGGGCUUCGAAGCUGCUGUUGCUGCUGGUGCCAAAGAAGUGGCUGUGUUCGCAUCAGCCUCCGAGUCAUUUUCAAAAUCGAACAUCAACUGCAGCAUCGAAGAGAGCCUUGUGCGCUACCGCGCUGUGACAUCGGCUGCCAGAAAACUCUCCAUUCCCGUGCGAGGCUACGUGUCCUGCAUCGUUGGCUGCCCUGUCGAAGGGUAUAUCUCCCCAUCAAAAGUCGCGUAUGUUGCCAAGGAGCUCCACGACAUGGGCUGCUUCGAGAUCUCGCUUGGAGACACAGUAGGCGUCGCUACACCUGGCACUGUUCUCCCAAUGCUUGAAGCUGUAAUGGCAGUAGUCCCGAUCGAGAAGAUUGCUGUCCACUUCCACGACACGUAUGGCCAGUCUCUUCCCAACAUUCUCCUGUCCCUCCAAAUGGGAAUAAGCACGGUGGAUUCAUCGGUUUCGGGGCUAGGAGGUUGCCCGUACGCCAAGGGCGCUACAGGCAAUGUGGCCACAGAGGAUGUCAUGUACAUGCUCAAUGGGCUUGGCAUCAAAACAAAUGUGGACAUGGACAAGCUUCGUGCUGCCGGAGAGUAUAUCAACCACUACCUCGGCCGUGCAUCUGGCUCCAAAACUGCCGUGGCCCUCACCCGCAGAGCCUCGCCCUUGCCCGAUGCAUCCAUCGCCUAAAGACAAUGAUAAUUUGAUGAAAGAGGUUAUUGGUAUUUAUCAAUUUGGACAGGAUGUAUUGCCCUUAAGGAAUAUGUAAUACUGAAAAAUUAAUGAAGUCUACUACUUACUGAUACACAAGUAAAGUAACCACAAAUAAGCUUAAGGUUCAAAUGAGCAUAUAGGCUAUACUCAAUUCAAUUUUACUCUAUUAUCUCAAA